UUUAACCCCUACCUCCCUUCCAAAAACCUGUUCCAUUUCCCCACUAGCGUUUGGUCAGUUCUUCGUUUCAUUGUAAGUCAUGGUUGAAGCUUAGAAAAUUAAGAACCAUUUUGUGAACAAGUUUUUAAUACUAGAUCAUAGGUGUCAUUCGAUCGAAACAAUUCCGCUCCUCGUCAUUACAAUUUCUCCACCAACAGAGGCGAAAUUCCAUCCAUUUGGUGGUAAUAAUUGCUUCUUUUUUUUCUGCUUAGGGUUAGGGUUUGAAGAAAAUGGAUCGUACCAGUGGACUUCUGGAGGGGGCAUACCGCCUUUUGAUGCGAAGGAAUUCUGUGUACAUCACCUUCAUAAUCGCUGGUGCUUUCUUUGGCGAACGGGUAGUGGAUUAUGGAGUAAAUAGAGUAUGGGAGCUAAACAAUGCUGGGAAAAGGUUCCAGGAUAUCCCACUCUUGGGAACCAGGACAGGUGAAGAAUCUGAGUAAAUCAAUAUUCUCAUCUUCAUUCAGAUUCCAAUGUUGGGUUCAUGUCGGAUUGGAAUGAUCCAGUUUUGCAAAAUAAUAAAUCUGGAGUUUUUUCAUCUCUUUUCUCAUAUCCGUUGGAUUUUCUUCAUCUUUAAGCAGCUCACUAAUCAUGGAUGAUAGAUAUUGGAAAACAGUCCAGAUUUACUUAUUUUAACAUUUUAUUUGAAUGUUCAAUUUACUUGUGGAUUGCGUUUUUAGGGCUAAUAAAUUUAUGCAAAAUCAUGCCAUAAGCUUUUGAAGUUC